AUGUCCUUAAAUCAAGCAGCCCCACCUCCCUUUCCCUCUCUCUCAGUCUCUCUCUAGGAACAACUCAUUGAUGAUCAUCACCAUUUUUGCUCCAUAAAACUGCCCAGUUUGCCACCCCUAUCACAACUACUCCCUGCCUUGUCAUGGGCGUGGACAUGUCGAAUAACCCACCCACUUCUCGUACCAAAGACUUCUUUGUCUCUCCGGCGCUGUCUCUCAGCCUUGCUGGGAUUUUUCGCGAUGCCGGGGCCGCGGCGGCGAACAUGGAGGUGGAGGAGGGGGAUGAGGGAAGCGGAGGCGGCGGCGGCCAGAGAGAAGACACGGCAGAGAUUAGCAGCGAGAACUCGGGGCUCCUGAGAUCAAGAUCCGAGGAUGAUUUCGAAGGCGAAGGAGAACACGAUGAUGAUGGUGACGGGGACAAGAACAAGAAGAAGAAGAGAAAGAAGUAUCAUAGGCACACGGCUGAGCAAAUCAGAGAAAUGGAAGCGCUAUUCAAAGAGUCGCCCCACCCAGAUGAGAAGCAGAGGCAACAACUCAGCAAGCAAUUAGGCCUUGCUCCUAGGCAAGUCAAGUUUUGGUUUCAAAAUCGUCGAACCCAAAUCAAGGCUAUACAAGAGCGGCAUGAAAACUCUUUGCUGAAAUCGGAAAUGGAGAAACUCCGAGAAGAAAAUAAAGCCAUGCGUGAGCAAAUAAACAAAGCUUGUUGCCCCAACUGUGGCACGGCCACCACAAGCCAAGACGCAGCAGUUACUACAGAUGAACAACAGCUCAAAAUCGAAAAUGCAAGACUCAAAACCGAGGUAGAAAAACUCCGAGCAACUCUCGGAAAAUAUCCUCCGGGAACAGCCAGCUCGUCUUCAUGCUCAACUGGAAAAGACCAAGAUAGCAGAAGCUCGUUAAAUUUUCUCAGUGGAAUUUUCGGACUCAAGAAGUCGAGGGUAAUGGAGAUAGUAAAUGAAGCAAUGGAGGAGCUGAUAACGAUGGCUACAGCUGGAGAACCACUAUGGAUACGUAGCGUCGAAACUGGUCGUGAAAUACUUAAUUACGAUGAGUAUGUGAAAGAGCUCUCUGCCAAAAAUUCUAGUAACAAUGUACGGCUAAAGAGAUCCAUCGAAGCCUCAAGAGAGACUGGAGUUGUUUUUGUGGAUCUCCCACGGCUUCUUCAAUGUUUCACGGAUGUGAGUCAGUGGAAAGAAACGUUUCCGUGCUUGAUCUCAAAGGCGGCCACUGUUGAUGUAAUCUCCGAUGGUGAAGAUCCUAAUAGGAAUGGUGCCGUACAACUGAUGUUCGCAGAAUUGCAAAUGCUCACACCCAUGGUGCCAACUAGAGAAGUGUACUUCGUCAGAUAUUGCAAGCAACUUAGCGCUGAACAAUGGGCAGUUGUCGAUGUUUCAAUCGACCAAGUGGAGGAUAACAUUGAUGCAUCCCUUGUGAAAUGCAGAAAACGCCCAUCUGGUUGCAUCAUCGAGGAUAAAUCAAAUGGCCAUUGUAAGGUUAUUUGGGUAGAACACUUGGAAUGCCAGAAAGCAACAGUUCAUACGAUGUACCGCUCUAUUAUUAACAGCGGUCUAGCUUUUGGUGCAAGGCAUUGGAUGGCGACACUGCAACUCCAAUGUGAACGGCUCGUUUUCUUCAUGGCAACCAAUGUCCCCACCAAGGAUUCAACCGGCGUUGCCACACUGGCUGGUAGGAAAAGCAUAUUGAAGUUGGCACAAAGGAUGACAUGCAGCUUUUGCCAUGCAAUUGGAGCAUCGAGCUUUCAUACAUGGACCAAGGUCUCAAGCAAAACAGGGGAAGACAUAAGGAUAAGUUCCAGGAAGAACUUGAACGAUCCCGGAGAACCGCUUGGGUUGAUCUUGUGUGCAGUUUCUUCUAUAUGGCUGCCUGUGUCUCCUCAUGUUCUAUUUGAUUUCUUACGAGACGAAGCUCGACGAAAUGAGUGGGACAUAAUGUUCAAAGGAGAUCAAACACAAUCCAUUGCAAACUUAUCAAAGGGGCAAGAUCGUGGCAAUGCAGUAACCAUUCAAACAAUGAAAUCGAAAGAGAACAGUACGUGGAUCAUUCAAGAUAGCUGCACCAAUGCAUACGAGUCUAUGGUGGUCUAUGCUCCGGUGGACAUUACCGGCAUGCAAUCUGUUAUGACGGGAUGUGACUCUAGCAACAUUGCCAUAUUGCCUUCGGGAUUUUCGAUUCUUCCAGAUGGGCUUGAGUCGAGGCCCCUAGUGAUUACUUCUAGGCAGGAUGAGAAGAGCACAGAAGCUGGGUCUUUGCUUACAAUAGCAUUCCAGAUCCUAACUAGUACCUCUACAACAGCUAAGCCCACCGUGGAGUCUGUGGAUUCUGUUAACACUAUAAUAUCAUGUACCUUGAGAAAUAUUAAGACAAGCUUGCAAUGCGAGGAUGGUUGAUCAAUAAUUUCAUUGGAUAGACACUAAUUAAUUGUAAACUCAUAGGUUUCGUUUUCCUUUCCAAAUAUUUAGCUCAGCAAAUCAGCUUUUUUAUAUGAGUCUUUGAUUUGUCUAUUGGUUAUAACGGAGAGUAUAUCUGUAAUUGGCAUUCUUGAGAUACAAAGAACGUGUAAGGGAGAGAGUUGAAGUAGAAUCUUUCCAAAUGUGUAUAGAAUUCUUAUUUUGUCAAUGA